UCCCAUUUUGUGAUGCCCCCUAGCACUGGCACGCCACGACACACCCGUGCGGAGCGGGCAAGCAUCCGUGUACUCUAUGCUGCCGGCAUCACCCAGAGAGCACUCGCACAGGCCUUUGGCGGCUCGGUCUCAACGGUCGGCCGCGUAAUCUACAACGAACAGUCCAGUGUCGUGGACGACACUUCUGAGGACCGCUCCAUCGCUCGCAAGGCAAAACUGCUCAAGUUCAGAGAGCUGGAGACAGUUGCUGCGAAGAUUCAUCCCAAGCAGCUGGCAGCACGCCGACCUACGCGUGCCGCGAGCUCCGGCCCAGCAUCAGCCCGUGCACCACGGGCCCAAGCAGCCAGGGUAACGAAGACUGAGACAGACGACGAAUACAAAUAUGCACCCAGCUCCACUGGCAGUGAAUGUGAAUCCGAGUCUGCUGUGUUCACCGAUGACACUGGGGAUUCGUCCUCCGAAUCAAAUUCAGAGACCUCUGACUCCGAGUCCACCAAGUCCAUCGCUAGCGAGGUCGUCCCUGCGGACGCCAACCCCGAUUUCCUCCUCAGCUUUCUCACCCGCAUCUCCCUUCCCGGGCUAUACGCACCACUCACAGCCGCAAACGUAGGGCGUGCGGACCUUCUCCGCCUUGCGAGCCCGGACAUCACGGAUGCGAUGCGCUAUGCGUAUGUCGGGCAGCUGACGGCCCAGGCCAACAUCGCUGAAUUCGGCAUCUCGCAGCGGGUGUGGUUUGUCGAGCACGCCAAGCAGCUGUCGCAAUCAGAGGAAAACUUGUGA